ACAAGGGACAAACCGGCACUGAACUGGACACGGCCAGCGCCAGAACAGCAGACUCAGCUUUUCUGCAGAAGUGACCGAAUCAAGCAUGAAUAAUCGCUCCAUUGCCUGGUGGCUCACACUCAUCGGCCUGCCGCAGUACACCAAGACCCUGGAGAGAAAGUAUUAUGGGCUGGAGGGUCUUUUUUUGGUCACGGAUGGUGACCUGAAGGAGAUGGGUGUUGAAGAUGCCGAUCACAGAAUGACGAUCUUAACUCAGCUCCAGAGACACCAACGGAGAUUACACCCAGGCAUUGUCGCGGUAAUGGACAGCAAGGUGAGUCGGAAGUUCUCUCUGGGGUCUCUGGACCGAGUGAAGCCGGCCAACCUUUUCCGGCAGACCAUCGUCCCCCGCCUCCCUUGCCACGACAGCAACAGGCUCUCCUCCUCCUGCUCCCAGCUCCUCCCGGAUCCAGAGCUGGACGCAACCAACCACAACAAACGGAGCAAGAGGAAGAGUGUUGGAGGCUUCAUCAGUCAGGUGUUUUCGGGUCGUAAGGAGAUGGACUCUCUGAAGAAGGAGCUGGAAGAGGAGCUUAAACUCAGUACUGAAGAUAUCAGGAGUCAUGCUUGGUACCACGGCCAGCUUCAGAGAGAGGGUGCAGAGGAGCUCCUGCAGAGGGACGGUGAUUUCCUGGUCAGGGACUCCACCUCCAGCAGUGGGGAUUACGUCCUGAGCUGCAUGUGGAAAGAACAGCCCAUGCACUUCAAGAUCAUCCGCAUCGUCCUCCGGCCCAAACAGGGCUACGCGAGGGAGCUCUUCCAGUUUGAGAAUGACCAGUUCGAUAAUAUUCCCGCUUUGGUGCGUUUCCACGUUGGUGGGAGGCGGCCUAUAUCGCAGUCUUCCGGAGCCAUCAUCUUUCACCCAAUCACACGCUCCCUUCCUCUACGGGUCAUCAGCGAGCGCCAGGCGGCAAAGGCAAGAGUAGAAAAGAACAAGAGGCGGAGCUUAAGCUCCACCCACAUGGACACACUACAGAUCAGCAACAACCUGCUCAGGAGUGGCAGUCAGCCUGCUAAUCUGGAGAUGGUGGGGAGACCAUCACUACAAUCAGCCCAAUCAGACAGCAACCUCCGCACAGGUGUACCUCAGAUCUCUCCGUCUCAGGACUCUGGCUCGGUCCCCAUGUCUCCGAUGUACCGGACAGGAAGUGACCCUUUACUCAGCCCAGGCUCCAUUCGCUCAUCUCGCUCCAGCCAAUCACCAGCCGGCGGCUCCACCCUGCGAGGCUCUGAUGGACAGCUGCACUCCCGGGCCCCUCCCAAACCUCUCAGAGUGUCCACCCUGUUUCCAGGGAUACCACCCACCACCCCAAGGAUAGAGGUCGACCCCGCUUCCCACUAUGAUGAGCUAGUGCCACAGGUUCCUCCCUCCAUGCUGCCUAAAGGCCACGCUGCGCGCCUGCGAGCGCAGGAGAAGUGGAGCAGUCGAGCUCGACUCACUGAGACCAGCUUCGCCUUCCUGGAGGCUCAGAAAGACGAGGAGCAGCAAGGGAUGUUGGUGGAAGAAACUGGAGGAAUGGAGGGGGAGACGGAUGAGCCAGGCUGGACGUUUGAGCGGCCACAGACUGAGACCACCUCCUGCUUUCGCCUGGAUGCGUUCAGGUCACUGUUGCUGCCGGACAACAACCGGCCACUGGAGCAGGGCGUCCUGCAGAAAAUUAAAGAGCUGUUUACGCGCACUGACACCACGGCAACGGCACUGCACAUGCUGAGUGUGGACUGUCAGGUGGCCCGUGUAACAGGAGUAACAGCAGAGCAGAAGAGGAUUAUGGGGGUGGACUCUGGACUUGAGCUCAUCACACUGCCCCAUGGCAGCCAGCUCAGAAAAGACCUGCUGGAGAGACAUCACCUCAUAGCGUUAGGUAUAGCUGUAGAUGUUCUGGGCUGUACUAGUUCGGUUAAUCAGAGAGCGGCGGUUCUUCAUAAAGUCAUCCAGCUGGCCCAGGCCCUGCGGGACACUGCCCAUGACCUCUACGCCUUCUCCGCCAUCAUGAAGGCUCUGGAGCUGCCUCAGGUGGUGAGGUUGGAGAUGACAUGGCAAGUGCUGAGGAGAAAUCACACUGAGAGCGCCGUGAUGUUUGAGAAAACUCUGAAACCCUUCAUGAAGUCACUCAAUGAGGGAGAUGAAUCGGUGGUGACUGGACCCCUGGCUCUGCCCCACAUUGUCCCUGUGUUGAGGCUGAUGGAGGGUGAGGAUGGAGUGGAGAAUUCAGAGAGAGGCUGCCAACUUCUCUACAGCAUCCUGCAGUCUGCACGCAGUGCCGCCGUAAACGCUGCCCAGUACCAGCAGCACGCACACACACUGCUCUCAGAAGGGUGGGAGCCGAUCCCAGAGCUCUUGGAGGUCUUCCGGACGGAGUUCGCUCUGCGUUUGUUCUGGGGCCAGACAGGAGCAGAGGCUACAAAGAAGGAGCGCUAUGAGAAAUUUGCUAAGGUCCUCACCAUCCUCUCGAAUAAACUGGAGCCCAGCCAGGCCUCUGAACUGUGACCUUCUGAACUCCACUCUGACAUCAACAUCACCAACUCCCUCUGAUUGUGCACUCGUUCAGAACUUCCCUUCCUAUCAGCAGAAACUCGGACCGUAACCUGACUGAAGCCUGAUCUGUUUAGGAAAAAAUACCAAAUUUCCCUUGUCCAGGCUCCAGCUGUAAAUGCGGUUCUUCAUAGCUGAGAUUGAAUGAGCUGGUAAAAUAAUAUCAAACCUAACGAGAAACUGUAGAACGGACUCGGUUUAUAUCACAAUACCUACAUUUAGAGUCGGUUAUUCAUUCAGUCUAAUGAGAAACUGUAGAACGGACUCGGUUUA